GUAUGGUCGACAAUCAAUAUAUAGAUGAAGUUUUACGAAAUACAGUCAGGUUCCAAACAAAAGCUUCUAAAAUUGUCCAUACCAAUUUUGAAAUUCAGAAGGCAUUAAAGGAAAUAAUUGGGAAACUAACACGACGAGGCAAAAAGUUAUAUGGAUAUCAACUAAAUUGAUAAUCGAAAUAAUUGACAGGUAAAUAACUGUGGCAUGCUGGUGGAUUAUAGAUUUUCGAUUUUCCAAAUGAGCCCAGAAUUGUGGAACGACUUGAUUUUUCUUCACCUGAUACAAUUACUCUGAGCAGUGACGGCCGAGGUUUUCUAGGGGUUUCCCUCGCCCAAGUGCGAAUGCAGUCACCAAAAACCAUAUUCCCCUAAUAAAUAGUAGGGAGGAUGAAAAUC